AGAUCGAAAAUAUCAGAACCUCUGAGUCCGAAGGGAAUAUUCUCCGUGCGAGAUUCCCCAUGCAUGCACAGAUCGAUGAUUGAUUAUGGACUUCGGAGUCGGUGCCUUGGACGUGAAUCUUGUUCAGCAGCUCUGCCCGACAAUCCUGCUGCAGGAAGGAGUCAGGCGAUCGGAGAUUGUGUGAGGUGGGAGGGACAUAAUUUCCCAUUCGUCCGGUGAAGUAUCUGUUUCCUGGUGGUGGCGGUGGUGCUGCUGCUGUGUAGACUCUGUGGUGGGUCGCCAUGGAGGCAGAUGGAAAGCAAGCUCCUCUCCUGACAGAUGCUGCGGGACUCAUCAACGACGUGGACACUUUUUUGUUCGACGUAGAUGGUGUCAUUUGGAGAGGAGGGAAGGUCAUAGAAGGCGUUGCAGAAACUUUGGACAUGCUGCGGGAUAUGGGCAAGAAGUUGUUAUUUGUAACUAAUAAUUCAACGAGGUCAAGAAAGAUGUUCCAAGAGAAGUUUCGAUCUCUGGGCCUCGCUAUUAGCGAGGAAGAGGUUUUCUCUUCUUCCUUUGCUGCCGCUGGUUACUUGCAAUCAAUAGGAUUUCCUGCAGAUAAGAAGGUGUAUGUGGUGGGCGAGGAAGGAAUCCAACAGGAGCUUGAGCAAGCUGGUAUACAGUACCUUGGGGGUCCUGAGGAUGGCGAGAAGAAGGUUGAAAUGGGAUCAGUCAAAAAUUUGGAGAUCGACCCCAAUGUUGGUGCUGUCGUUGUUGGUUUCGACCAUCACAUCAACUACUACAAGAUGACAUAUGCAACAUUAUGCAUACGAACAAAUCCCGGUUGUAUUUUUAUUGCUACAAAUUGCGACAGUGUGGCUCAUUUCACAGAUAAACAAGAAUGGCCUGCUGGAGGGACUAUGGUUGGCUCAAUUCGAGUUUCUUCUGAAACAGAGCCGAUAGUUGUGGGCAAGCCCUCAACAUUCAUGAUGGAUUAUCUCGCAAAUAAGUUUAAAAUCAGCAAGUCGAAAAUGUGUAUGGUGGGAGAUAGACUCGACACAGAUAUUCUCUUCGGUCAGGCUGGGGGAUGCAAGACCUUGCUGGUUUUAUCAGGUGUAACAGAUCUAAAAUCCCUACACAGUCCGAAAAACACCAUUCAUCCCGAUUUUUAUACAAAUGAGCUACCUGACCUCCUAGCUGCGAAACGAGGGGCGGCUGCAUAGAUAGAUGUACCCCCAUUUGAGUCUCUGAAAACUUGACCUGGAAGACGUGCCGUUUUACGUACAUACUAAGUGGAUUUUUCCAUUUCGGCACGUUUUGGAUCCGAAGAGAGACCUUAUCUUAGAACCAAGAUACCAUCAAAUCUUCCUUGGCAACUGUACGUGAUGUAACUCUUCGCACAAUAAUAUCGAUAAUAGGUAUACAUGCAAGUACAUGGCCAUCUACCUUCUGGGUUCUUUGUUGCUUGUGUCAGUGUAACAGAUUCAGAUGCAGUCCCAAUCAAGUGCCAUCCUCCCGUCGGGCAUUCAGGUUAAUGAGUGGAGAUUAAAUCACUUCGAAUGUAUCAUUAGGCUUUAUCAUAAAAUUCGAAGCUCCUAGGCAUGGACCAGAUUGGAUUUAG